GGAAGUCAUAUGGGUGUCCCGUAGAUUUCAGCGAACGGAUGUCCAUUAAACAUCCCAGAAGAGGAUAUGAAUGGGUGGAUGCUUCCAUGCCUCACAUCAACACACGCGUUUUUAAUCUACUUACUCAUAUUAGCACACAUGUAUGCAUGUUGUCUUCAUGAAUUAAUAAUGUACAUUUCCAGCGAUCAUUGUUUAAAAUCGCACCAAUACAUAUAUGGAAUUUGCGCAACGUACCCUUCAGAAAUAAUUAACAUGUAUUAAUUAAACAGGCGAGAACACAUAACGGCUCUUGUUUGCUGAAGUUUUGCAUACUAAUUAUUCUUUCGUACAGGGCUUAAUUAAUUAAAGGACGUCCAACUUGAGCAACGACAUAGUAUACUACGUGAUGUGCUGAUGUGCUGUGCGUUGCUCGUUUAUUCGGAACCACAUAUAUGCAUGCUAUCAACCUUGCUCACUAGACUGUUUCAACGUACUUAGCCCGGAUGGCACACGAAAAAGUCCAAUAUAGUUAAACAUUAAUGGGGUUUGAAACCGUCCCAUGUAAAACUAACCUUCCUGUGCGCUCCGUUCGAGAAGCGGCGAGCAGUUUCGGUUUCAGUUCUUUGAAUGUAUCGUUUUACAUGUGUACUGCUCUUAAAUGGGCAAGCGAAAAAUUGUGAAAACAACGGCGUUGUAAUUCGUAUUUGAAGUGCGCUGUAUUUUCUUAACUUUUUUCUUUUACUUUAUGCUCAUUAUAUGUACGACAACAUUACCAACAUUACGACAAUGCGGCUGUGGCUGCAGUCUGUUUCUAUAGUUCCGCAUUUGAAACGUGCUCUCUGCGUGCGGUUACAACAGUUGCAAUUCGCGCGCACUCUGAAAUUUGGGUUCGCGGAGCUGGUUGUAAUCGAAGAGCUUGCAUACGCUUGGCGGGAAGCGCGCGCCAUGGAAAGCGAAUACGAGAGCUCAUCGCACAUACCAGUACCCUCAACUCUUGCUGCGGCUGCAAGGCCACACACGGAACCACGCAUGCUUGGUGCUUUGCACAUGUUGGAAGCUGCCAACUCUUUUACGGAACUGCAAUCUCAUGGCUCAUCGCACAUACCAGUAUCCUCAACUCUUGCUGUGGCUGUAUGGCCACACAUGGAACCGAGCAUGCUUGAUACAUCGUACAGUCCAGGACCCGCAUAUCUGACCGGGGCUACAAGGUCACAAACAGACCCACAAGUGCUCGCCUUCAUGGAAAGGAUACUACAUGUGUUAAAUAGCAUGAAGCACACACAGCAAGCCCAUUCGCAAUAUUUCAACGAGCUGCUAAGUAAUGCCGACAGUGCAGCUCCGCAUCCUCAUGGCCUCCCAGACCUGCCUUUCUCGAAUGUGGCGGAUGUUCUUGCGUAUGGAGAGAAGCUCGAGACAGACAGCAAAGCUCAUGAUCAAAUGAAAAAGCACAUGGCUGUACAAGGGGGAGAUUCGACGAAACUGAAAACAACACGUGUACUGCAGUCCCUCCUCAGCUGGAAUGCUGCAGUGGGCUUCAGUUGGUUUGGCACAAAGGGAAAGAAAAUUCUGUGAACUGCACCUCUGCAAGCUGAUGUGCGGCGUGUUGACUAAUGACAUCCGAAACCCGAAUGCGACCCUGAAGGAUGUGGAGAAGGCCGCGAUGACCUGGUUCCGUCAUGCUGCUGAGCGGCUUGCCGCGCAACAAAAAUAGUUUAUUUCUUUUUUUUUCAACUAAUAAGGUAAUCCUGAAGGUCAGUUGUUGUUGCAAAUUCUCUGCAUUGCGUCUAAUAAAAUUUGUCUUUU